AUGUCUCUCUCUAGUUCCGAGGAGGCUAUUUUAACGGCCACAAAUGUGACUGCCGGUGUUUUUAACUUGCUCAAUAAUGUCUGUAGCGCACUGUCUUGGCUAGCACAGGGAGAAGAAUGGAGGAAAACAAAGUCCUUGGACCUUUCCCUGAGCAUUGCAGAAUUUCUCAAUAGACCUGAGAUUGAGAACAAGACACUCGCUGCCCCUCAAUUGGCUCCGUAUCUCGGAACUUCGCUGGAGCGGACCCAAUUCUUGUUUGACUUCUUCGGUGAGAAUGUCGGGAUCCCAUUCCCCGACUUGGUCGACAUGGUCAACCAAGUAAUGCCAGCGGCUGGACACCCCUACAAUAAGUCGACUCAGUUCAUUGGCGUUCUCGUCAUGUUCACUGUCUUGAUGGCCGCGUUCAUUGCUAUCCGACUAUAUUCUCGUAUUACGAUUAAUGGCUUCAUUCGUGGUCAUGACUACGUUCUUCUUUUUGCCGCACUUGUUGCUUUUGGUUUCGGCACUAUGAACGCCGCAAUGCUGAACGGCCCAACUCACUUCCAGGGUAACUGGGAUCGAUCAUGGCUCGACUAUAUUCACGACCAGUACUCCGGAAAGGCUUCUGAAGUUCUCUAUCCUGUUGGCGUUUUCUUCAUCAAGACCUCGCUUCUACUUUUCUACUGGGGUUUAACCCAGUGGUGGCCCCUCCGUGUCGCCGUUGGUGUCACCUGGGUUGUCUCUUUGGGAAAUUCUCUUGCUAUGAUCUUCACAUGGGUCUUCCGUUGCAGCCCUGUUCUUUCCUUCGAUGGUAUGGAAUAUUUCACCGCUAGUUGCAAGACCGACAUGUGGCUUAAAUCCAUGGACAUUACCGGCGCGCUCAAUAUCGUUACCGAUGUCGUUAUUUGGCUCAUCCCUCUCCCAUUGGUCUGGAAGAUCACCCAAGGCAACCGCGAGCGUCUUCUCGCCUCCCUUACAUUCGGUGUCGGUGCUUUGGCCUGCAUUGCAUGUGGCUUCCGCUUCUACUCCCUUCACAAGAUCCUUGCACCUAGCCUUUUGCCACCAGACCAAUCCGAGUGGUUGAUUUGGGGUAUGGCCGAGAUGUACAUUGCCAUAAUCUGCUCUUGCGUCCCCGCGAUCCGUGCAUUGAUCAUCAAGAAGGCACCAUCUAUCAUCGGCGCCACUUCCGAUGUUUACUCUACGACAGCUGAUGGCAAGAGCGACGAGAAAUCUGCAGACAAGGAGAAAGGUGGCCCUGAUGUCCGUGUUGAAUCUUCCCGCGGGAGCUCUCCGGUUUAA